AUGAUGCAGAUGAUGACGUAUUUCCCAUAUUAUGAGGACAGUGAAGUGCAGGUGCUUGGAAUGCCGUACGCUGAUGACGAAGUGCACAUGUACAUUGUGCUUCCAAGGAAACAGUUCGGAUUAGUUGAAAUCGAGCAAAAACUAACGGGGAAGCAGUUGCUGGCUUACAUUGAAAAUGGCGAAACGCUGUGCUUGUUUCAGAUUCAAGUACCAAAAUUCAAGACGGAAAAAGGAGCUGAUUUAGUAGCAUCUCUAAAAAAGCUUGGCAUGACGGAUGCAUUCACCGACAAUGCCAAUUUCAAUGGGAUCAGUGAUGAGGCUCUCAAGAUUUCUGGUGUCAUCCACAAAGCUUUCAUCGAGGUACUCAUUUGA